AUGGCUCCAGACCAUAGUCGGAUGGUGAUGCCUCCGACCUUCGCCACCGGCAGUGCAGAUCGCCUGAGCGCCCUCCCUGAUGAGAUCCUCCAGCACAUCCUCUCUUUCCUUCCAGCGCAAGAGGCCGUGCGGACCUGUGUGCUUCCCCAGAGCUGGCGCCAAGUCUGGGAGCUCGUAAGGCGCCUGCACGUCACAGGAACAACGACACCGACAUAUGUGGGGCAAGUUCGUGGUUUCAUGGACCGACUGCUGCAAGCCCGCCUCAGCAUGAUCUCGCGCUCCCCCCUCGACAUGUGCGAGAUCAAGUUUGACAUGUUCGAUGCCGACGAUGAGGCCUUCAUCCAUCGUUGGAUCGGCCUUGUUUUACAGUGCAGAGUCCAAUGGCUCUCGCUCAACAUCUUUGACAAUGAGGCCGACGAGAUGCCAUGGUUUCCACUACCUGAGCCCCUGUUCUCGCCGUACCUGACGAGGCUAGAUCUCUGCGGCAUAGAGUUCAGUGCAAGCUUCGCCCACUUCUCAAGCUGCCCUGCCCUGCAAGACCUCAAGAUCGAGAAAUGCGACCUCUCGGAGGUGUCGGAGAUGGAGUCACCGUCACUGAGACGGCUGAGCAUCAAAGAUUGCAUCUCCUGCCCAAACUGGCGCUUCGAGAUUUUUGUUCCACGGCUGGUCUGGCUGUGGCUGGACAUCCCUUCUGCUGACAGGACUCCCCAGCUUGAGAGCAUGCCGGACUUGGCGGUGGCGUAUGUUAAACUAGACUGGUGUUUGGACGAGUGCAUUUGUGAGGGCGACCGCAUGGAUUGCUGUCAUGUUAACCAAGCUGCUUACAGCUAUUCAUACAGUGACAUUGACGACGGUGAUGAAGAAGAUUCCGAUAGUUAUGCAUCUGACCAUGCUGAAGUAGAUUAUGGCUAUUCCUCUACUGAAGAUGAUGACGACGACCAUGAUGAAGAAGGCUUUUCUGAUGAUGACAAUAGCAGCGAAGUUACCGGAAAGUGUGUACUUCUCGGAGGCUUAUCAGAAGCUACAGAUUUGACCCUGAUAUCUGGCCACGAAAUGUCUGUUUUCAGAAGAGACUUGAGAUGGUGCCCUACAUUUUCCAAGUUAAGGACCCUGUGGAUCAAUGAUUACUGGUGUGAGCCUCCUGAUUGCCGUCCAUUAGCACGCAUUCUUGAACACUCACUGGUUCUAGAGAAGCUCACUAUCGUUCUUUCGGGCAAGGGACCCAAAUAUAAAGUAGAAAUGAAAGGAUGCCUCAAUGCAGUACGGAGACCAGCUAUGAUGAUAUCGGAACACCUAAGGAUAGUGGAAGUGAAAUGUGAUGUCGUCAAGAAUACAUUUCACAAUGUUUUGAGGUUCCUAGAUUCACUUAACAUAUGUGAAUGA